AUGGCGAGUACUGAGCCUGCCGUUUCCGUCCCCCGCCGAGAAAAUAUGACGGCAACGUCAGAAACAACAGCGUCAGAAUCCCAACCAGGCCAGCAGCAACAACAAACUUCCUCUACGCAUGGCCUAAGAGAACAAUCGAACCUCGAAGCGGGGCAGCCACAUGCUGUCCGCUUUGCAUCGGUCAAUCAAGAAAUCGAGCCAGAUCACAGUCUCCAGUCUCUUCAGUCCCCAACGACGGACGAAGAGCAACAGAAUGGGUCCAGUGCUGCCAAUCGGGAUGCUAAUAGCACCAAAGACGACAUUCGUUCGUUAACCCUCAAUCUCCAAGAUACCCGCCUGCAAGAGUCCCGGCUACGUCAUUUCGCUUUCGAGCCCGUCUCUUUGCCAGCAUCGAGAGUCAAUUCUCGGGACACCUCCAGCUUCGCUACCUCUCAAGAUAACACUGUCUCCGGCAACAAUUCGCCGCGAAUAACCCCUGCAGCAUCUCUCAUGCAGUCUCCUCCUCUGACUCCUGCUGCCACGCAAUCGCGGGAGAGUAAGUCUAGUGACAACAGCGGUUCCGCCGCCCUCCAGACGACCAGUCAUACCAAGAAACAUGAAACAUCCGCAAUCACGCCGCCACUGUCCGAACCCAUCUCAAACUCGAAUUCGGGUAAUCCCCCUGCAUCGUCUACUGCACCCACAAGCGCACCGGCGUCACGGCCGAACUCUUCCGAAGUACCAGCUCAUUCUGGAGGCACUGGCCCAGCUUCUACACGACAUCAUGAGAAAGGAAGAGCACAGUUCUUCCUGGCUUCUUCUGUAGACGGCAGCCCGCAGGAUGAAAGCCCACCAAUGACACCCAGGCAUGAGUACGGCUGGUCCACGCCUCCAGGCGGCACUUCUGGAGUAAUGACUCCGAUCGGUGAACCGAAUGACCCAUACGCCCGAAAUAAGCGACCGCUUCCGAACCGAAAUCUUUCACAGUUAGAUCAAAGAUUCAUCUUCAGUGGAAUCGACUCAAAGCGCCGUUCACAUCAUUCUACUAGUUCGUUCAACAGCAAUAAUGGUGGACAGAAUGGUAGCAACAAUGACCUAAAGUCAGCAGGUGAAAAGCGGACCUCUUUCUUUAGCAGCAAGAAGGACCAUGGACAUCGCCACCAGGAUAGUUUAGAGGGGAAAAGCCAUGGUUCAAUGGUUGAACUGAAGAGAUUCUUCCGCAUGGGGCACAAGAAUAAACGCGGAGAAUCGCCAUCCAGUGCCUCCAAGAAAUCCAAUAAGUCUAUUUCUAGCGAAAAGCCAUCCACUCAUCAGAUGGCCCCGGCGAGCGUUCCAUUCGCUGAUGAUCACGGCCUUCAGUCCAAGUAUGGGAAACUGGGUCGGGUUCUCGGUUCGGGCGCUGGCGGCUCUGUGCGGCUAUUGAAGCGAAGCAGUGACGGCGUCACAUUCGCAGUAAAGCAGUUCCGAGAUCGACACACAUGGGAGACCGAGAAAGAAUACUCUAAGAAAGUCACUGCUGAGUUCUGUAUCGGCUCUACGUUACAUCACGGAAACAUCAUCGAAACACUCGAUAUCAUUCAAGAAGGUGGACAUUGGUACGAAGUUAUGGAAUACGCGCCAUAUGACUUGUUUGCUAUUGUCAUGACGGGCAAAAUGAGCAAAGAGGAAAUUGCUUGUUCUUUCAAGCAGAUUGUCAGCGGUGUAUCCUAUUUACAUGCAAUGGGCUUGGCUCAUCGAGAUUUGAAAUUGGACAAUGUUGUUGUCAACGAACACGGCAUUAUGAAGCUGAUUGAUUUCGGAAGUGCCGUUGUUUUUCGGUAUCCUUUCGAAAAUGAUAUUGUGCUGGCUUCAGGCAUCGUGGGCUCCGAUCCAUAUCUUGCACCAGAGGUUUAUGACGAGAAAAAGUACGACCCUAGACCCACAGACAUUUGGUCUUUGGCCAUCAUAUUCUGUUGCAUGACUCUCCGACGCUUUCCUUGGAAGCAACCCCGUGUGACAGACAACUCUUACAAGUUGUUCGUCUCGCCACCAACUCCUGGCACGCCCGUUCCUGAUUCACACCCAAGACGCACCGAGCGUCCUAAAUCAACUGCGGAUCUUCCGUCCAUGGCAGCUGAUGCUAAUGCUGGAACUUCACAAUCUGAUCAUCACCGACACCAUCACCGCCAUGGAAGUCAACAUACCCAAUUUGCGAAAUCAGAGCCCGUCACACGCGAUGACCCCCCAGCAACCAGCUCGGCCAAGACGAGUCCAACCCACACACAGCAGUCCCAACCUCGGGCAUCACAAGAUGCCUCCUCCACGCAACCUCCCUCCAAUUCGCAGGCGACAAGUGAUGUAAUCGAGAAACCAAAAUCUCGCGAGACGACUAGCAAAGAAGCGCCCCCUUUACCAGCGAGCUCGAGCUCAAACUCAAACACUGGACAGCGUCAAGAAGUUAUCAAAGGGCCGUGGCGAUUGUUGCGAAUUUUACCUCGGGAAUCUCGUUACAUCAUUGGUCGCAUGCUUAAAGUUAACCCCAGAGAGCGGGCUACACUCGAGGAAGUGUUGACAGACGAUUGGAUUCAACUUAUUCAAAAUUGCCGACAGGAUGAUCAAGGCCAUGUUAUAAAGGCGAAGAACCAUGCACAUAUUUUAGAGCCACCCUCAUCCAGUGUCGCAGUGGCCAGCAAGGGCAGAUAGAAGCCUAAUCACCAUUCCGGAACGUGCCUGAAUUUCUAUCCGUCCCUUUAUGUACUCGAUCUUAGUGUCUGCUUUUUGCUCAGUUCUGCUUACAGCCUUAUGUCAUCCCAGCUGAUGGUGCUACGCGGCGUUUUACAUGAUGAUAUUCUCUCUGCCCUGACAGGAUGUUUUCUUCUUUCUUCCAUUGUUUAUUUUUCUUCCUGUUUCUUACUUCUUAUAGAUUAUGUUCUAAAAUGCUAUCCCCCAACGUGGUAUAGCAUCCUGUUCUCUGAUAUCCUUGUGCGACAACGCCGUCGCAUCCCCGGAAGCCCCUUUUGCAUGGCUCACCUACCCUUGUGAAUAAUAGAUCAUGAUGAAUUAAACCUAAUUCGAUUAUUGCUAUGCCUUUACUCCUUUUCUUUUUUAUUUUGGACUGUAACACUCCAAUUUUUCCUUGUUCGCGAUAAUACUGCCAUCUACAACCCUUAUUUCUCUAUUCGCCUACCUUCCUUUACUCAUUUUUAUCAUACAUUUCUUUUAUUCAAGAUUGUUAGCUGCAAGUCAGCUCGUUGAUGAGAAAAUAACAGAAAUCACUGGAAUCGACCGUUUGUUUACUGCAUAU